CUCGAGGAAAUCGCGACAGCCUCGCUGAGCAGCAACAAUCACUUCAUUUCACUCGGCUUGCCAUGGAUUUGCAGCCACCUUCUGUGCUGGCUCAAUUGCCGCGCCCGCUACACGCCUCGACGGGCAAAACUCACAUCAGCGAGGUAUACAGCUUGGCUGAUUCGAGAAGGCGCAAGAGAUAUGAAGUCGCUAUCGCUGUCGACGGUGAAGCUGUGAACUUGUACAACAUCCAAAAUCCGAAGCUAGUAACCUCCUACGCCGUUCCCCCGCAGUCGUCCUUCUCAUGCCCUCCAUGCUCGUUGCGCCGCAAGCUUCAAAACGGAUCUGGUGUUAAGAGGCAGACCUAUGCUGCGGUCAAAAAGGAAAUCAAGGCUUUUGUCGAGGAAAGUGCCGGCGCCGGGGCAAGCGCACCCGUCAUCUCGUCCUCAACUUUUGCUGUCAAGGAUUCUAGCAGCCCGAUCGCUUUCAUUGGCAUCGUACCCACUUCAAGCACAGAAGAUGAGGAUAAAGAACCUUUCGACAUUUUAGCCGUACACCGUGAUGGCCAUGCGCGACGAUUGUCCCCCGAUCUUGAGACCCAGCAGUGGAGCAUCUCGCACAGCGAACUCGCCAAGGGCAGCUCGCCUCACGCAAUUCAUGGAUGCUUCCUGUUGGAAUUCGACGACGCCAGGAAGUCACUGUUGAAACGACGACCCGAUCUCCUUUCUCUUGCUCUCGGAGACUCAGCAAUCUCAGGAAAUGAGGACCCGUCAAUUCUGUUGCUCGUCUCGCAUUCUGACGCGGAAAAGAUUAGCUUAAGUGAAGUGAGUGUUCAGAUAUUCUGCGUCCCCGCCUCCUCCCCGAGCCGCUCUACCGAUGAGAGCCAGAAGAUGCGGCAUCUUUCGACAGUCACUCUUCCCAAUAUUUUCGAGGAGAAAAUCGAGCCCAGUCGUCUGCAUUGGCAGUUCCAUUCUGCUUCAGCGGGAUUGAACCUCUCCUUUGACAAGGGCUUUAUUAACUUCGACCUUUCGCAAUAUACGCCCGCAGCGACUUCGAAGUUUACUCUUGAUGACGAGGCUUUCUCUUCUCUUAUGCGCAUUUCGCCGCACUCCGUAAUCGGUGCCGGCAAAUCGAUGAUCGCCUUAUACGAUACCCAAUAUAAGUCAAUUCAGCGCAGCAUUGUGAGCGAUGGCAUCCCCUCUGCCGCGACUGACAAGUCACGCAUCACUUUCAUCAACUAUUUUGCGAAGCUUGAUCUUGUAGUUGCGACACAGGGCAAUUCUUUGCUGGCCUUUGAUCUGGGCUCGCAGACCACAUCAGGAAUUCCAGGAAAACGCUCUAGAGACGGUCUACUAAUCGACGCGAUUGGCCGUGGUAUUGGAUGUGAAUUCCAGUGGGACAAGGUGUCGAAGAAGCAGCGUACUGACAGCGCCGCCGCUUUGGACCUUACUUCGCCUGAGGAGACGGACAAGUGGAACGAGUUUGCACACAAUUUGCGUGAAUGCCUCAGCCGCAAGGACGCCAGCGCCUUUGACGGUGCUGUCGAGGCUUAUUUUGGAGUCGGAGAUAAUCACGUCCUCCCAUCACCAGGACAAUACGUCAACACUGAAAAGAUACUCUUUCUGUUAUCACUAAUCUUCUCCGUGGAAGGCGACGUCACGACCAAGGACAACAUCUCUGCCUCACCAUCGAUCAAGAUGUCAGUUAGCUUGUGGCCGACUCGCACAUGCAGAUGGCUCAUUCGCUUGGGAUAUUUUUACCCCGGUCACGUCGAAUCUGCCCUUCGCCGCUCCUACAAACCUCGAAUCCUCCCUUCGCUUCCGAUCGGUACUUUUGUCCAGGCAAUCAGGGACUCGGACCCUUCCUUAGAUCGAUUGGUAAUGGUCCUCAAAGGCCCUGUUGCCUUCAACCCGGACGAACUUGCUCAAGCCCUCAAGCUGUUCCUCGCCACGGCCCGCUCUUGUAUUAUUCCCACGGACAAUGAGCAAGAAGCACCGAAAGCAUUGACAGAUGGCAAGGAUGAAACCACACCUAGCAAAGCCGUUGCCCUCUCGACCAACGACGAACUUGCAGUUUCCCGCCCCGAAUCUCCAUCCUCUCUUCCCACCACCUUCACCGGCCUGAACGUCACCCUUCUCAAACUCCAGACUCACCCGCACCAAACAACAACGACUGCUCUCCGCAACACCCUCACAAGAGCAGACCUAAUCUCCACAAUCCAACACCUUCGUCUCUCUCUCGCAACAGGCGGCCACACAACCCGCUUCACAGAAACCCCUCCAACCCCGAUCACACCACACCUAAUUUCGCCUUCUCUCCCGCUUAGCACAAUCACCAGCCUUCUCAACUCAGCCAUCGACGCAAUCGGUCCCACCGGCUGGGUAUCUGUCUCCCCUACCACAGACCUAAGCGUCGACCCCGAGGCAACAGGACUGCGCGACUUAGCUCUCAUCGCCGAAAUGAAGUCCGAAGUCUCCGCCGCCCUCGCCGGAGUCGAGGAAGCCACGAUGCUCACGGGGAUCCUAAGAGAAUACCUUCGCUACUCCACGAGCGUCGAAUCCCGACCCAAACACCUCACCACCGGCGCCGACGAAACCGCACCAUCCUCCACAUCCAUCCGCCAAGAGAAGCUCAACGGCGCAGACCUUCUCAUCUACGGCGCGCAGGACGAAGAUGGUGAGGGCGACGCGAGUGGCAAGUUGCUUCCGCUUUCCCUCAAGGCUGUCAGGGGCGUGAGCAGGACGAAGGUGCUCAAGGGCUCAGGAAAGGUUGUGGAGCGCAGUAAGCGUGAGAUGGGCUACCUGAGGCGCAAGGCCGCUGGCAAGUAUACCUUUGAGCGGCUUGUCGUCUAGAUUCUCCGGCAUUGUUGUAUAUUUCGCUAUAUACCUAAAAGUAGAAUGAAUGAGCAGACGUUUUACGUUACUUCCGUCCACUAGUUGGCCCUUGCUACAAAUAGAGAUGAGGAAGAAAUGAUGGAAAGCACUGCCAUUGACUCUGAUCCGACUCAAUAUGUACAAGUUCAAAAGUCCAGUAUAUAAAAGUCUAUGCAUAAGGAUAUAUAAUGUAUCAAUGGCCGUCUCCGUCGGCUUUGGUUCCAUCGGAUUUCCAUCGCGGAGUCCUUACCCUGUCUCAGUCGCAUUGCAUCGAGAGCAGAUCCUCCAUGCCUGGUAAGCAUAAUAACCUAGGGCAAGGCGAGGUAGAUGUUGUGCCCAGGUUUUUGAUCACGUCGCCCAACUCCCACAAAGAAUUGCCGGUAGGAUAUCUCAGACCAGAAUAAAUCACACACAAAUUUUAGAGGUACAUGCGGCAUCAGGAUCAGCUUUAACGGAGGCGUAAACAUAAGCGUAAGCAUAAGUCUUCUCAGUCGUAGUGCGCAGACACGCACAUGCAAAGGGAGAAAAAUAAAUAAAUCAUUAGGGUAGAACAGAGCGUCGUGGAAAUGGCAAGGAAGUCGUGGCGGCGUUAGUGUAGAAGAAGGGGGAAUAAAAGUAUGGCGAUGAAGAAGAUGGAGGAGUUAGGAUUCUGGCGCAUUCAGGAAUAUCCGGUGGCGAUGGUAACAGCAGAACACCAAGUGAAAUCAUCGCAUAAGAUAGGAUCCGGGGAGAUUGGGAGUGAUACAGCGUCCAUGAUGAUGAGCAUCAGAGGUAAUGUAGUAAAAUGUGUGUAAACCCGCAAGAUAAGGUGAAACUGUUAUGAAUUUGGCGUCUGACCAUGGGAUGGGGUUGGUGCCGCAAAUGUGGGACGAGGUAUAUCAUCUUGAACCGCUUGUUUGUCCCAUCAUUCAGUCUGUGGCUGUCAGAGGCAAGGCGUGUUUGUAGUCUGAUGGGAAGAAGAUUGUUCCACACAGUUGGAACAAGAUCCAUCAACAGGAAAGAAGGAGACGCUGGUAAAAAUAUGCAUGCUUUUGUGUACUAGUCCACUAUGCAAGUAGCACCGAGUCCACAUGGAAUGGUUGUCCACGGAAACCGAGUCCAAAAUCAGUGAGUCGUCCCCAUAGUUGAGUUUUCCGCGCGCUCUUUCAAGCGCAUUGCCUGAGACUCGAGAGAUAGAGCCAUGAGUUUCAUCACUAAGAGGGCAGUCAGCAUGGGAGAAGUUGAGGCUCAUAGAGCAAAGGGGACCUACCUGGCCACACAGAAGCCCUAUCGAGCAGGCUAGAGGUCACAAGUAGGAUUUUACAGCCAUAACCUCCUUCCACGCUCGACAGGCGCUGUAGGACGGUCAUGCCCGCUGAGGUUACACUGUUUUGCACAUCCUUCUGCAUCUUCUGUUCGAUGCUGGAAAGAAUAUCCCGAGUCUUUUCGAUGAGCUUGACGUCUUCAUCUUCCAGGAGCAUGCUUUCAGCAGCCUGGGCGAGAUCAAUGUCGUCGCGGCCUAGAAUACCCAGGUACGGACCGACACGCUCUUGCACGGUCGUAAGCCAUUCCGCAAGAACUUCAGCACAAUCAAAGGUACACAUGGCACUCUGAAGUGGGAGCUCCCGGCAGGUGAAGUCGGCGAACGUGUUACCUAGCUGGUCGGACAUGGCAAAGGAGUCCGCGGCAUAGCAAGCUGCUCUGCGCAGGAGUUUUUCACGCUUCGUCUGCCCUGAGCGGUAUACACCUAGCAAGGCCUGCAUUGGCCGAUCUUGCGUUGGGGUCUGAGAAAUAGCAAGGUCACCGACACCUAGACUGGCCACCGAGUCACGCCGAACGUCUAGCGGAACCGGCUCUUCCGCAAUAGAAGGAUCGAGUACAUCUGUUGCCAUAUCCAUAGCGUUAUCCAUGUCUGUUCCACGGGCGAGUUCAUCUGCCAUGGCGUUCCAGUCCCGCUGCCAGAAGGCUUCUUUGCAACGGCCAAGAUCAACAAAAAGACGGACGUAGGCAAGGUCCAAAAGCGGGAUGCUGUCAGCCGAGAGAGGCCCAGCUCCGUAGGGAUUGGGCCGUUCUAAACUGUGCACGGGAUUGGUAGUCCAUGCGGUCUGCCAUGCGCGCAAAGCAGGUUCGAUGUGGGCUCGCAUGGCAUCCGUCUCUCUUGAAGUCCAUUGGCGACCCAUGUGGCGCUGGCGUGUUUCCCAGAUGUAAUUGUGCAGAGCGUAGAUCAGCACGAAGCAACCAAAGGUACUAGGCCUUAGAUCGCUGCUGCUGGGAUCAUCCGAUGGAGCAUUGGUACCGGACUGCGCCCGCCGACCGGCCGUUAAAAGGGUGGUGAGUGCGUACGAAAAGGCGACCGUCCUCUUGGAACGAGCAUGGCCUCCCAACUUCCUCCAGGCCUGUGGCGAUUCCGCUGCCCACAGGUCCUCUUCACAGGGCAGAUCCAGGCGAAUCUCCGAGUUUGUCAACGCAGGCGCAUGGUUGUAGGCGGAAACCAAGAAGCAAGAUGCGGUGAAAAUGGCGAAGAGUGUCCGUUUCCGUUCUUCCACAAUCUUCCAAUCGAGCCAAUCCUUCCUUUCCUUUGGUUGCCCGAAGGCAGACUGGCCCCAAGCACCCGAAUCUGGCUCCUGACCCUGGGUGUCGUGCCCGCCAGACAGACCGGUGUUGAGAUAGUCUUGUGGCAGAUCUCUUGCAUCAAUAUGCUGGGUCAAUUCAGCGGCCCGCGCAAGACUGACCAGCGCUGCACAAUGCGUGCUUGCGAUAUCAGCGGAAGUCUUAUCGCCGCAGGUGUGGCCAUAGAUGACGUUGAGUAACAUGGCCUGCACAAGCCAGAGAGGCGUGUUGUGUACAGAAUUAUCACGUGAGCUGAGAUUGAGAUGGCCACUAGGAACUCGCAGAUGGUUCGUAUAUUCAGGUGCUUGAAAAUUGAGACUGGGAAUGUGAAGGAAUGGUAAAUGAGGAUGAAAAUAGGUAAUGUAGGCGGAAAUAAAGCGUUGCAUGUCCGGAGUGCUGGGCAGCUGGCUAGUGGAGCUUAUAGAAGAAGAGCGGGAGUAAAGGUCGCGACAUUGAAUCAUUCCUGAGGCUGGCUGAGAGUACUUGCGAUGAUUAAAAGAGGUGGGCUGCGCCAUGCUGGCUAAUAAAGCCCGUCGUGUGGAGUCUGUAAAUGUAUCGGUUGAUGCUGGGGCAUGGUGAGAUCGUACGGCACUAUUCGCGAAAGGUAGGUUGAAAGGAUUAGGAGAUUCUCCGUGUGUUGCCAUGGAGGAUGAAAACAUACUGCUCUGCGAAUGUGCUCCCAGCAUGGGCUGUCCGACUGAUGUCAUGGACGGAGGAGUGGCAUAGGCCUCAGCGAACGGGUUUUGAGCCAACAGGGACUUGGGAGAGACUGUUUCCGGCGCGAUACCUAGAUCAUUAAAAGUAGGCGAGGCAUACUCGGCGAACUGAGCUGCGGACGUCGCUGGAUGGGGCGAGAAUUGAUUUUGCCAUCCCACAGUCGGCAUUGAAAAUUGGUUUGUCCCGUCCAUCAUUGGCUCACUGAUGCCACUCUGGCUGCCCGUGCUCAUGGCCGAAGGCGAAGACUCGUCUAUCGCAGACUCAUUGUGUUUUCCUAUGGGUAAUGAAGGAUCGAAUCUCUGCAUCCAAUCGUAGUGAAGUUCAUCUUCCAUGAUGGCUUCCGUGGUAGGAGGCAUAUGGUGGGUUCCGUAUGGGGACGAGGGAACGUCGUUCCCAAAUGGCUGAGGAGAACCUCCGAAAUGGAGCUGGGCUGGAUUGAUCGUGCUGCCAUGACCGAUGAACUCGUGAACACUGCCAAAGUCGAAGCUGCCGUAUACAGGCGCCGUACGUAGCCCUCCAGAAAGGUCCAUGGCUAGCCCAUGUGUUUCCAAUUUGGUGAGUCCGUUCAAAGUCGGCUGGUGGUUGGAGGAAUAGCCGCGAUAGUCGAUGUUCGAGCCCACAGACGAGCUGAGGCUAGGAUGGUAGGCAUGGCCAGAGUGACCGGAUGGACCUGGGCCAGCGUUCGUGUUGCCGAGCCCCAACGAGGCUGCGUCGACGUGGCUGAUAGUGUUCGCUCGAGGACGCAUAUUAUUCGAGUUAGAGUUACUGGCAAUAGAGUUCUUGCGAACGCGGGUCGCUCCCGGCCCAGCGGCUCCUGUGCUUUCUCUCCGAGCGUUUCUAGGUCUUGAAGAUGGAGUAGUAGUCAUAUGCAGUUUCUGCUGAUGUCUAAGGAGAAGAUCGCGGCGAGCAAAGCAACGAGAGCAGUCUGGACACUCGAAUGGUUUCUCUUUUGUGUGCGAGCGCUCAUGGCGCUUCAGAUGUUCGAGUCGUGCAAAGGAGCGACCGCAGGUUGUACAGCCAUGGGGCCGUGGUUUGUCCGUUUUCGGAGGAGGUACAGUGGCUGCAUUAGCUGGCAUAUCUUUCUUCGAACUGUCUUUGGG